GUGCGCUGCGUCGGGUUAAGGGGUUGCCGUCUUCCCUCCUCUCGAGACCUCUCAGUGCCUGGGGAGGCCCCUCCGAGGACAAGAGACAAGGUGACAUGAGAGAUUUGACUGUGCCCUGCACUGAAGAGCUUACUGGUAGAAUUAAUCCCUAAAGAGACCUGAAGUGGGUUUCAGGAUGGUGAAAGAAGAGCCCCCAAGUACUUCAAAGGACUUUCAGGAGCUGCAGAGGAGGGUGUCUUUGCUGAUAGCGUCUGUCCAGAGUAACUCAAAGGUGGUCGCCUUCAUGAAGUCUCCAGUGGGCCAGUACCUGGACAGGCAUCCUUUUCUGACCCUCACCUUGCUGGUGUUUGCUUCUGUGUCAGCCGUUCCUGUUGGCUGCUUCCUGCUCCUCGUGGUGCUUACCUCCCUGGCUGCGUUUUUGGGAGUCAUAUUACUAGAAGGACUGGUCAUCUCUGUGGGCAGCCUCUCACUGCUUUGUGUCCUCUGUGGCUUGGGCUUCGUGUCACUCAUCAUGUCAGGGACAAUCAUAGUGUCCUACAUGGUAGUCUCCAGCCUCGUCAACUACUGGUUUUCUCCCAGACUGUGGACACAACACAACUCCAGUGGCGACUGUUAGCUGGCCAUGAAGUCUACACACUUAGAGGGGCUCUACCAGGAAUGACCAGCUGAACGGAACCAAAGCUUUUUUUCAAGCACCUCUGGGAAGCUGUUGGAUCAUCCUUGCCCCUUGGGAUUAUGACUUAGAAGGGACUGGGUAGUCAAGCUUUUCCUGGAGGUGUCCUCUAGCUUUUUCACUUAUUUGUAGGGUCCUGCAAUGGACAGUUUUGGGGAUCUUGUUGCUCUUGGUCAGUUCCAUCAGCUGACCGGCCCUCACAUGGAGAAUCAGCAGAGAAUCUCGAUGGCGUGGCGGCUCCUCGCGCCUCUCACCCCCUCCUCCCCAGAGAUGCACACCUGAACUUGGCAGGGUUCUGAGCCUCUACAGGCCGGUGACUUGACCUCAAAGGCUCAGAUCUUGUAUCCGAGGCCCCAGUUUGGGACAGCCACAGAUUGUUUUUCCUUUUUCUUUCUUCCUUUUUUUUUUUUUAAAUGAGAGCUGCUUAUUUCUUCACUCAUUUGAAAAGAGAGGUGGGGGAAGAAUCUAAAACAGAACAAGCUCUUCUGCCUUAUUAGUCUUUUAUCAGAAAGACAAACAACAUUUAGGAAUAAUAGCUUCUCAGACAAAGUUAGAAAAUAGAGUCCAAACUUAACCUUACGGCCAAGAGCAUUUUUUUCUAAGUCUAAAGGUAUGGUUUCCACUGUUGAGUAUUGUUAAGUCAUGUUACUCUUUAAAAUAUUUGCACUUGAUACUUUUUUAUUGUUUUAAGGACUUGUCUUGUUAAACCAUUUCUUCAAAAAGUCCCAUGAAAAUGAUAAAGGACUACAAAAUUUUUUUAAAUCCUAUGGGAUAUCUACUUCAGUGGUUUAUUCCCUGUGGUAUUUUAUUUAAAAAUAUUUAUUUAGAUGAGCUUUUUUCCUUCACUCUAUUUCAAAAUACCCCCUUUCUAGACAUCAAACCCAUUUUUUCCUUCUGUGUCAAUUUCAUGGCAGAUCCUGGGUAAUAAAGCUUUUUUAGUUGCUAGUGAUAGACACUCAACUCAAAAUGGAUUUAAAAAGUGGGGGCAGAGGGGGAUGGAUUCGUUUCACUGAACUAAAAAGCCGAAAGGUAGGACUUUAGGCGCUGCUGGAUCCAGGGGCUCAAGUGGUGUCACUAGGCAUCUCUCUCCCUUCAUCUCUCAGCGCUGCUUUUCUCAGUGUGAGCUGAGUUUUAGGCAGGCCCUCCCCAUGUGGAGGUCCCAGCAGCUCUAAUUUUACAUCAGCCUUGUAGUUAGCACUCCCUAUUGGACAAGGAAGCUGUUCUUUUCCAGUAGUAUAUUUAGAUUUUUGGCUCCGAUUAGACAGACUUGGGUCAUGUGAGCAACGCCAAACCAAACACCGUGGCCAGGGUGGAUGGAAUAUGCUGACAGGUCAGGGCUGGGACAUGUGUGCAUUCUGGAACCAGGGGAGGGGGUGGGCCAGCCCCACUGGUUCUGCAUAGGUGGGAGUGCUAGCGUAUGUAGAGAUGGGAGGACAAUCCGAUCCCAAAGGAGUAUCGCAAGGAAAGGGAAUGUAUGCCAGGCAGACAGAAGCAAAUACUUGCUCUUUGAUUCAGGAGGGCACAAAGGCCUUCAUUUGGUUCUCAGACUUUUCUGUAUCCCAUGACAGUCAGCCACACCUGUCACUAAAGGGGCCUUCAACUCUAUUAGAGAACAAGAACUGCCUUUUCCUGCCAAUACAUGGGGGUGUUAAUAUUAACAGUUACUAUUUACUGAAUGUUUCUUUCUGACCUGCAAGUGUCUGCUAGUAGCUGUCUAAGCUAAAUACCCUGCUGGGUUCUGAGGCUUCAGAAAAGAAGAAUGAAGAGGGCCCUGGCCUCCUGAAGUUUACUUUCUAAUGCAGGAGUCAGCUAACAAGUGUAUUAGUUAUCUAUUGUUGCAUAACGGUUUACAAAGAGCACUUUUGUCAUCCUACAUUUUCGGUGCGUUGGGAGUACAGGCCUGGCUUAGCUGAGUCCUUUGCAAGACUACAACAGCAGCGCUGCCACGUUGCUUCUCCUUUGAGGCUCGCCUGCGGAAGGAUCCACAUCUGAGUUCACAUGGUCAUUGCCAACAUCCAUUUCUUUGUAGGCUUUGGGGCUGAGGCCCUCAUUCCCUGUCAUAUGGCAGCUCACAGCCUGACAGCUUGCUUCUUCAAAACCACCCAGGGAGAACGUAUCUUAGCAGGAUGGACAUCACAUUCUUAUAACGCGUAAUCAUGUAUGCAUAAUCACAUACAUCCCAUCACUCUCACCACAUUCUGUGGGUUAGAAGCAGUCAGGUCCCACUCACACGAAGAGGAGGGAUCACACAAGGGAAUGCAUACCACAGUUGGGGAUCAUGGGCUCCACCUUAGAUUCUACCUGCUACAUCAAGUAAACAAAAUAUUAGAUUAUUAUGAUAAGUGCAUUGAAGAAAGUAGAAGGGGCAGGCCAUGUCAGCCACAGAAAUCUUUUCUUUGAACCACAUAAUGAGAAGUUGCCA